AAACUCACAUAAAUCCCGCAUGGGUGGUUACGUUCUUCAAAUUCACACGGGCGAACGCUAGACUUCCUCUGUCCCUCUCUGCGAGUUGCGAAGCUUGAGAUCAAUCGUGCGAUAAAAAUUUCAGAAAGAGAGAAAGAAAUGGGCGUUUAUGCUCCAAUAAUACUUCUCCCCGUUUUCGCAACAAGAGUGGUUUUAGUAUAAUACGAACUACUUAACACACUAAAGAUGGUUAAAGAGACUACAUUUUAUGAUGUGUUGGGCGUGAAGCCUGGAUGCUCGCAGGAAGAUUUGAAGAAGGCCUAUAGAAAGCUUGCUCUGAAAUAUCACCCUGACAAGAAUCCUAAUGAAGGAGAAAAGUUUAAGCAAAUUUCUCAAGCGUACGAAGUACUGUCGAAUCCUGAGAAGAAGCGUAUCUAUGAUCAAGGUGGCGAGCAAGCUUUGAAAGAAGGUGGUAUGGGUGGUAGUAGCUUCUCGUCUCCAAUGGAUAUCUUUGAUAUGUUCUUUGGUGGAGGAUUUGGUGGCGGCCGAGGUAGGAUGAGGAGAGAACGCAGAGGUCAUGAUGUAAUGCAUCAAUUAUCAGUGUCCCUGGAGGAACUUUACAAGGGAACUGUGCGUAAACUCGCUUUGCAGAAAAAUAUUAUCUGCGAGAAAUGCGAAGGUGUCGGUGGAAAGAAGGGUUCUGUUGAACAGUGUUCAACGUGUCAUGGCUCCGGUUUGCAAGUACAAAUCCAGCAACUAGGUCCGGGAAUGUUACAACAUUUACAGACCAUGUGUGCGGAUUGCAAAGGGCAGGGAGAACGUAUCAAUCCCCGUGAUCGUUGCAAGUACUGCAACGGAAAAAAGACGGUUAGAGAUAGAAAGAUACUUGAGGUCCACGUUGAUCCGGGUAUGGUCGAUGGCCAGAAGAUCACUUUCAGUGGCGAAGGUGAUCAGGAACCAGACUUGGAACCUGGCGAUAUAGUUAUUCUUCUCGAAGAAAAAGAUCAUGACGUGUUCAAGCGUUCGAGGAACGAUCUGAUUAUGCGAAUGCAACUAGAACUCGUAGAGGCAUUAUGCGGAUUCCAGAAAGUUAUCCGCACCUUGGAUGGUAGAGAUCUAGUGAUAACCUCACUUCCCGGCACUGUGACGAAGCACGGUGACUUGAAAUGCAUCUUGAACGAGGGCAUGCCGAUUUACAAGGAUCCAUUUACACAUGGCAGGCUUAUAAUACAAUUUAUAGUCAAUUUCCCGAAGAGUAUAGAGCCAUCGGUUAUUCCAUCAUUGGAGCAAUGUUUACCGCCGAGGGAAGAGGUUAUAAUUCCAGACGGUGCCGAGGAGUGCUUACUUACUGACUUAGAUCCCGAGCAGGAGCAAAGGCGGAGAGAUACGAGACAAGCGUACGAAGAGGACGAAGGUGGUCCAUCCCGAGUCCAAUGUGCCACACAUUAAUUUGAUUACACUAACCCUGUAAUAAACAUAGCCGUUUCUUUAAUUUCAAACUCUCUGUCCCAUUCGCUCGAUUCUGUAUCAUGCUAAAGAAAGAAACAACACACAUGGAUAUACAGGCGAAACUAUUCAAUGAGUGAAAAAGAUGUUGAAAUAAUUCAACUUUGUUUGGACACACGCAAAAAUCAGUGAGUACUGCAAUUAUUGUUUCUUUAAUUUUAUGAAUCUUACGCGAAAUUCUUAUGCGACUUUGAGAGUAAAGAAUCAUUAUCACCGGCUAAUAAGAUAUAUCUUGGUUGUAAAGUAUAUAUCUAUUAUGAUGAAGCAUCUAAAGCUGCAUCUUAUUGCGAGAUGUAUUUUAUCGGGAUGUUUCUCAUCGAGAUGCUUCUCUCUCGAUAAGAUGCUUCAAAAUUUUAUUUUUGCUUAUUGAACACUUAUGUGUCUAUGUAUCCAUGUUAUUUCUUUCAAUAGAGGAUUAUUAAAGGUAUGUACUUAUCAUUGUAUAAUGAUAAGGAAGUUUAAAUUUAUUUAGAUGUAAAAUUCCGACGCCAGUUGUUACAGCACAAUGAAAAGCAUCAUGUAUCCUCAAACAUCGCGAUUGUCUCUGCUGUUUGACCAAUUAUAUCGCUCCGAUAACCUGCUAGCAGCUCGACAGUAACUACUUCAUGGCUAAAUAUAGAGUUAAAUUUCGUAUAUCUCUAUUUAGUUCAAUUUUAUGGAUUAUCCGUAUACACGAUUACUUCCUCCAGAUAUCAAUAGCAGCAAACUUGUUUACUCCAAACCUUAAAGUCUGAAAAUUGUUAUCUUUUACAGUUUUCUAGAACUUGAAAUAAUAAUAUCGGGAUGUGUCGAUCGGUGUGGAAACGGUAUAAACUACGCUUGGUUAAAGCCUUAAUGUAACGUUAUCAAUCGUAGUAGAGAUCUCGAAGAAACUUUUCAAAGUGGGACAUUAUUCCAUAUUCGUAGUAUUUAAUUUUUUUUCCAGUCGCUUUUGUAUACUGGCGUGUGACGAUGAUAACGAACAUACAAUUUUGUUUGCAUUUAAUGCAAAUAAAAUGGGGAAUCAGGUUCCUGUGUGUGUGGACGAUUGCGCGUAUUUAUAAGCAGCUUUGUGCAAUUAUACUGUGUCGGAUCUAACAAAUUUCCUUUUUUCUUUACAUUCGCCAACGCUGAGAUUUUAUUACAUAUUUUUAGUAAAAUCAAUGGUUGUAAUUUAGUAAUUUUCCCUAAUGGAAAACUUGUGUAAAACAAAAAGAAAAAAUAAUCUUUUCAUAAUAGAUAUAUUUCUAAAAGUUUAUUCGAUCAUUUUCACCGUCUCUUCAUCUCAACGCGCAUGAACAAAUGCUCUAGAAUUCUAGAUAAUUCAUAGAUCCUGUUGUACUAUAUUAAAUUAAUAUACUUUCAAUACACAUUCACAUAAUUUACUGUAUACAUGGUCGUGUACUCGUCCGCAGUUACUAUAGCGAAUUUUAAUAAAUAGCCACAUAUGUCUUGUAAUCUUAUUUAUUAUAGAAAAAAUUGGUGAUUGAUUAGAUACUUUUCUUGAGCGUCUCAAAUAAAUUUGGAACUGUA